GCAAGUUCUGACCAAUCGGCGACUCCCGUGGGCGGAAACAAUUCGUUGUUGAUAAUUGCUGGUGACGUAGAGAACCUUGCGCAGCCGCAGCCCCGGAGGAGAAGAUGGUGCUUAUCAAGGAAUACCGUGUGAUCCUACCGAUCUCUGUGCAAGAGUACCAAGUCGGUCAGCUGUUCACUGUAGCAGAGGCCAGUAAGAAUGAGACGGGGGGAGGAGAGGGCAUCGAGGUGCUGAUAAAUGAACCCUACGAGGACGAGGGAGAGAAGGGACAGUACACGCACAAAGUCUACCAUCUAAAGAGUAAAGUCCCAGCCUGGUUGAGGUAUAUUGCACCAGAGGGAGCGUUAGUCUUCCAUGAAAAAGCCUGGAACGCCUACCCAUUCUGCCGCACCGUUAUAACGAACGAGUAUAUGAAAGAUGACUUCCUGAUAAAGAUUGAGACGUGGCACAAACCUGACAUGGGAACGCUGGAAAACGUGCAUGACUUGGAUGGUCCUACGUGGAAGACAGUGGAGGUAGUCCCCAUCGAUAUCGCAGACAAAGAUGUGGUGGCCCAUGGGGACUAUAAACCAGAGGAGGACCCUGCUCUCUUCAAAUCGACAAAGACAGGCAGAGGACCACUCUCACCUGAAUGGAAGAACGAUCUGAUGAACAAGACAGACUGUCCUAAGAUGUGUGCCUACAAACUGGUCACUGUCAAGUUCAAGUGGUGGGGCCUGCAGACCAAAGUAGAGAACUUCAUCCAGAAGCAAGAGAAGCGUAUUUUCACUAACUUCCAUCGCCAGUUGUUCUGUUGGAUCGACAACUGGGUGGAGCUGACCAUGGCAGACAUCCGACGAAUGGAAGAGGAGACCAAGAAAGAGCUGGAAGAGAUGCGUGAGAAGGGCACCGUGCGAGGAACCUCGGCAACCUCGGAAGAGUAGCCCCCGCCCCUGUAGGUCAGAGGCUGACUGCGUAGGUCAGGUCAGGUUCGAGGCAUGACUGCGGCUCACGAGCAGUGAGGUUGACCAACAAAACCCUUCCAUGAUGAUGUUACCAUGUCCACAGAGGAGAGGAAGUCUCUGCUCUACUUCCUGUCUCCAAUGAUUCAUAUUGGGGGGGGGGGUUGUCCUGAUUGGUCAAUGUUAUUGUACUGACCCUCAAUCACAUGCCUCCUAUUCACACAGAAAAACAAAAGCGGUUUUGCAUUUAAAGAAAAUUUUUAAACUCUUUGCACAGAAGGUAAAAUGUAAUUGUUAGUUGAUUAUAAGACGGGCUUCGUUUGUAUCCAGAGACACAGAAAGCCUUUUAAACAGAUAAGAAUGUUAUUUGUUGUUUUACAGUUCUCGGUAUGUUAUAAUUUCCCCAAAAAUUGGAAUAAGAUAAUGUAUUAACAGGCUUUGGACCAAUUUAAUUUUUCAUGUAUUUGUGUUCCCUGUUUUUUAUCAUACUGUAUCUGUCAUUCUGCCAUUGGUUUCAUCUGUGUUUCUUCCCCCUCCCGAGACUACGGUCCGUACAAGCCCUUAUCCCAGUUGUAGUGGUCUGCAGACUUGAAACGCGUCCCAAAUGGCACCCUAUUCCAUAUAGGGCACCACUUCUGGCCUGAGCGCUGGGUCUGAACGGGGUGCCAUUUUGGGAUGUAGAUGAAGCAUUUUAACCCCUGGUCACUGUCCUGUCUGUCUGACAGGUGGUUGGGGAGACAGUUGUUAUUUUGUUGAUUUGUCCCAGGUCUGUGGCUCUCUCUCGUAGAACGUGAUGUUUCUGCAUGACUUGAUUAUCCUUCGCUACCUUAUAAGCCAGACACACACACACUCGUGAGUGCAUGUGUACAACUGCAACCCACAGUGACUGGGAGUGCAUGUGCGUUCGGAUGCCUCCGUACUCUGCCGUUAGGGAGUGUGUCCAAACGAGAAAGGGUUAGGAUCCUCUGUGGACACAACUAUGGCUACGCGUGUGUGUGUGAUUAGGAUGCUGCUUCUGAGUGGUUUUGGCACAGCUAGGCUUCUCGCUGCUACCUGAUCCAGCCUGUUGUAAAUUGGCCUUGCGCUGUGGCUGCACCCCUCUCCUGUAAACUAGGGCUUCAAUACCAGGGCUGGGGGCCAGGUCUACUUCAACUCAGUCCUUUAAGGACUUCAACCAGAAAUUCCAAUUUAAACAUGUCAUUUCUUGGAUUGGACUUUCAAUGCAUUUCCUGAAUGGACUCCAUUGAAAUGGAAUUGGCCUCUGGUUUUUAACAAGAGGGCUGGGUUGCCCCAGGGCAACCUAGCUUCUAUUUUACCAUAACUGAUGAAGAGUGUGUGUGUGUAUACUGUAAAGGGUUUUGUAUAUCCUUUUGAACAAUUGUAGUUCUGUUUGUCAUGCUGUUCUCCCUCCACUCACCACUGUCCCAGGCAGCAACCAUCUGUCUAACAGAUAAGGGUUGUGAUCGAGUGGUUUAGCAUACUUCUACAUUUCUUGUAUGUUUUAGUUUUUUUUUGCUGUGUUUUUGUUGCAUUGCUGUCUAUUGAUCAUGUAUGUUGCCGUCAUUUCCCUUUUUAACGUGUUAAGGUUAUAAACAUUUCGUCAUUAUUUUUUUGCCUCGUGCAGCUAAAC